UCAAAUAAAACAUAUCCUUUACCUUUCCCGGACCUCACAGUCGUCAAUUCAGUUCAGCCGCACGACCUCCUCCCAAGUCCCAACCCUCCCUCUCCCUCACGCCUUGCUCUCUCAGCCACCGGGAGGUCAGCCGUCAAGGAAGAAAGCCAUCGCGAGCACAUCCAGCAGACGACCACGAAGCCACUGCAGUCAGUCACUUGGUCGGGACGCUACCGCUUGUCACCCAUUUACGAGCUCACACCGUCGCGAUUCCACCGCCGACAGCCACUGUGACCGCAGGUUGACUCUGUAACAUGUCAACCCACCAUAUUUGGUAUAAUCCUGAUCAUAAUUCCCCUCGUCCCCUACAGCCCAAAUGAGUAUCACUAGACAGCGCCCCCUUGGUGGUGGGGGUCAUCAUGUAUUGGACUACUUGAAGCGCAUGCAGGCAGAGAAUCCUGCUUUCUUCUAUGCAGUCCAGGAUGACAAUAAUCUCGCGUGUGGGAAUAUAGUUUGGGCUGAUGCAACAUCUAGAACAAACUACUCUUAUUUUGGAGAUGCUGUUAUAUUGGACACAACCUACAAGACUAACCGAUACCGGGUGCCAUUUACCUCUUUCACUGGGUUGAAUCAUCAUGGGCAACCUGUGUUAUUUGGUUGCGCAUUGAUUUUCAAUGAAUCUGAGUCGUCAUUUAUAUGGCUAUUCAGGACUUGGCUUCAUGCCAUGUCUGGCCGCCACCCUGUCUCUAUUACAACAGAUUUGGACCCUUUCAUACAAGUUACUGUUGCCCAAGUUCUCCCUUCAACUCGCCAUCGGUUUUGUAAAUGGAGCAUAUUUAGAGAAACCCGAAGCAAACUGGCUCAUUUAUGUCAGUCACAUCCUGAUUUUGAAACUGAAUUCAAGAAAUGCGUUCAUGAGAGUGAGACUAUUGAUGAGUUUGAGUCUUAUUGGCACCCACUCUUGGAAAGAUUCUACGUCAUGGACAAUGAAUGGCUUCAGUCAAUGUACAAUGCACGACAACAUUGGGUUCCUGUGUACUUGCGGGACACUUUCUUUGGAGAGAUAUCUAUGAAUGAGGGAAAUGAAUGUUUGAAUUCUUUCUUUGAUGGAUAUGUGAAUUCAUCCACCACUCUACAGGUAUUGGUUAGACAAUACGAGAAAGCUGUGUCAAGUUGGCAUGAAAGAGAAUUAAAAGCAGAUUAUGACACUACUAAUAGUAGUCCAGUUUUAAAAACACCAUCUCCUAUGGAAAAACAAGCUGCGAGUCUUUACACGAGAAAGAUAUUCAUGAAAUUCCAAGAGGAGUUAGUAGAGACUCUUGCAAAUCCUGCUACAAAAAUUGACGAUUCAGGAACAAUCACUACAUAUCGAGUUGCCAAAUUUGGGGAAAACCAAAAAUCUCAUGUUGUGACUUUUAAUUCUUUUGAGAUGAAAGCUAGUUGCAGCUGUCAGAUGUUUGAAUAUUCAGGAAUUAUUUGUAGGCAUAUAUUGACAGUCUUCAGAGCUAAAAAUGUUCUCACUCUUCCAUCUCAUUAUGUGUUGACACGCUGGACAAGGAAUGCUAAAACCAGUACAUUGUUAGAUGAACAUGCAUCUGAAUUGCCAAGUACUUCUUGUGAGUCUGUAAUAGUUCGUUACAACAAUUUACGCCAAGAAGCAAUCAAAUAUGUUGAAGAAGGUGCAAAAUCAAUCCAAGUCUAUCAUGUUGCCAUGAGAGCUCUGCAAGAAGCUGCUAAGAAGGUUUGCGCCAUUAAAAAUCAUAGUUCUGGAACAGCAGAGGGAGCUACAGUAACCAAUGGAAGCAGGGGUGAAUUGCUUGUAGCAGAUGAAGAUGCUCCAAGCAAUCAAUCUGUGGCGGAGAAGGAAAAGAAAAUCCGAGAGUUGACUGCUGAGUUAGAGGUCACAAAUCAACGAUGUGAAGUUUAUAGAGCAAACUUGCUGACUGUGCUAAAGGAUAUGGAAGAACAGAAGUUAAAGCUAUCAGUAAAGGUUCAAAAUGCAAGAUUUAGUUUGAAAGAGUGACUGUCCCGAUUGCAAAGGGUUUAUUUAAUGUAUGCCUAUCUGUCCAUUUGGAUUCCUCUUAGGAUAUGUUAAUAACCUUUGCGUAGUUUAUCGUGGUCCGUGUUUAAAUAUAAUGAUUGUGCUUCUGUGUUUUCUAAUCCUGUAAUCUGAUUGAAUAUUUCAAUUUCUCGAUAAGUUAUUAAUUGUAUUAUUAAUUUCUCGCGCCUGUUAACGAAUAGAAGAAAAAAUCAGGGAUCUUCAGAUGAAUGUGUAUGUUUUCUUCUAUUCUUAAGUUACAAUAUAUUUUGGUGGGUCUCCCAUCUCAUUGAUUCA